AUGAAGACCUCCUGUACCUGUCUGCCAUCUUUUCUCCCAGUUGUCACAUUUCUUCUACUAAUUUCAGAAGAUUUCUGUGUAGAAAUCAUUGGAGGAAAAGAAGUGGUUGCUCACUCAAAGCCAUACAUGGCCCUAAUUCUGGGACAAGAAACCUGUUCUGGGACUUUGAUUGGGAACAAGUGGGUAUUGACUGCAGCUCAUUGUUCCGUGGGCGUAAAAUCCCAGGUCAUUCUUGGAGCUCAUUCAAUAAGCAAUGAGAUGGAGACAGAAAGACAAAUAAUGUACAUUAAGAAAGAGAUUCCCUACCCAUGCUAUGACCCAGAGACGCGAGAAGGUGAUCUGAAACUUCUCAAGUUGAGAAAAAAAGCAACUAUUAAUAAAAACGUGAAAAUCCUUGAACAGCCUAAAAGUGGAGAGGAUGUAAAACCAGGAACAAAGUGUAAAGUAGCCGCAUGGGGGAAGUCUCUCAAAAUUAAGCAUGGCCAAGCAGGUACUCUGCGAGAAAUCAAUGUCACUGUCAUAGACAGAAAAACCUGCAAUGAUGACAAGCACUAUGCUUAUAAUCCCAUAAUUAGCAUCAAUAUGAUCUGUGCUGGAAACCCCAAAGGUGGAAAAGAGUCAUGUGAUGGAAAUUCAGGAGGCCCUUUGAUAUGUGGUGGUGUUUUGAGAGGCAUUACUUCCUUUGGACGUCCAGGAAAAUGUGGGAGCGUUAAAGUGCCUGGUAUCUAUAUUCGUCUCUCAAAAAAAUACCUCACAUGGAUAGCUAGUACUGUCAAGAAGACAAUUUAG